CAGGUGGUAGCUACCUUAGGCCCCGCCUGUAACGAUGUGGACACUCUGGCUCAGCUGCUAGAGGCGGGAAUGACGGUAGCGAGAAUCGACCUCACUUGGGGCCCCUUGGAAUACCACAAGCGAUCGCUGAGCAAUUUAAACAACGCCAUGAAAAGAGUACGGCGCAUGUGUGGCGUCAUGGUGGAUAUCCUGGGCCGGGAAAUGCUCAUCCGGAGGCCGUACAGGCUCGGGGCUGAUGUUACGGCAGGCAGUACAAUUACCAUCACCACACGUGAGGAUGCGGAGGCCAGUCCCUCGUUGUUGCCGAUCACGUACGCCAAGUUCCCCUCCCUCGUACUGACCGGGGAUGUCGUGUACAUUGGUCGUUACCUGGCAUGCGGUGCACCGGAAAUGGGCUCUCUCUACCUCAAAGUGGAGCAGGUGGUGCUGGCCGAUGCGGGCGAUGUGAUCUGUACGGCACUGAACGACGCGGAGAUGUACGGCCUGCUCACCGUGUUUAACUUAGAGAGGUACGACAUCAGUGACCUGCCCGUCAUGACCGAGUACGACAAGUUGGCGUUACGGGACCUGGUGGACAACGGUUUCGAGAUUGACUUCGUGUCCAUCAGCUACUGCCGGAGCGGUGCGGAUGUACGGGAGGUACGACAGUUUCUUGAGUCGGUUCCCGCCCUUGGGUCUUCAUCGGUUAUAGCCAAAGUGGAGACCCGUCAGGCGCUGUUCAACUUCCGAGGUAUUUUGGAGGCAGCGGACGGCAUCGUCGUGUCCCGGGGACUUUUGGGGCUCGACUGCGUGCCAGAAAAGGCAAGUACGACAAUGAAGUCGCUGUGUUCCGCCGCCAACUUGGUUGGCAAGCCCGUCAUCAUCACCAGGGUGCUCGACUCUAUGGUGGACAACCCCCGCCCCACACGGGCGGAGGCGACGGAUGUCGCGAACGCGGUCUUGGAUGGUGCCGACGCGUUGUUUCUGGGUGCCGAAACCCUGCGUGGGAAGUUCCCCGUGGCCACAGUCCGUACACUUGUCAGCAUCGCCCGGCAGGCGGAGAAGGUGUUUGACUUCCGACACCACUUCGAAUGGCUCAUGCAGGUUACUGCAGGCACGCUGUACGGCGGCGGACCCACUGGACCGUACAUGGGCAAGCUAGAGUCGAUUGCUUCGUCAGCGGUGCGGGCUGCGGAGAAGGUCAAAGCCAGCUUAAUCGUGGUGUACACCCACACCUCCCGGGUCGCCUCUCUGGUGGCCAAGUACCGGCCCCCCAUGCCCAUCCUGACGCUGGUGGUGCCCCGCCUCACGUCGGACGGUCUCAAGUGGCGGCUCCAGGGGAGGGGCCACGCGCGGCAGUGCCUCAUGGUGCGGGGACUGCUGCCCAUGCUGUCAGCCCCG